AGGGAGAGAGAGAAAGUGAAGAAGAUAGAGAGAGAGAGAGAGAAAAAGAGGGCAGAAGAGCAGAAAGAGAUCUGAGAGAGUGAAUCAUAUAAUCAAUCUCUCCGAAAGGAAAAAAAGGUUAUCAAUUUUGAUUUGAAUCAUCGGUUUAGGGUGUCCGCCGGAGUGAACAACUGUGUUGUAUGAUAGAUAUUCCGGCGAUUCAUAGAGAUAGGUUCCGGCGAAUUAUGUUAGAAGAAAGCCUGUGAUGAUACGUACAAUAGUAGUAGAUCUGACGUUAAGGAGAUCGAGAGAAGUGAUUGAUGGAUAGGAAUAGAGAAGCAAGACGAGCUACUAAUAUGGCGGCUCCCCCAAAUGGGUUAUCAUCUUCGAGACGGAGACACCGAAGCAGCAGUUUAAGAGAUUCAACCGAUGAAGAUGGAGCGGUGGAGCUACAAGAAUCAGGGAGGUUAAGAGACAGGGGAGUGGUUAAGAAAGAUCGUGGAGAUCGAGAUCGGGAUCGAGAAAGGGAGAGGGAGCGGUCUAGCCGGAGCAAGAGGAGGAGAGAAAAUAGGAUGAUGAUUCACCAUGUAACCACGGGAAUUAAUAGAGACGACGGAGACGAUACAUCUGAGGAGAGUGUUAAUGAUGAAGAUGAAGAAGAUGAUGACGAUGCCGGAAAUGGUGGUGGUUUGCGGAUGUUGCCUCCGCCGCCGGCAAAUCCAACUACGGCAACAGCAGCUAUGACGAGUAAUCAUCAUAAUCACAAUCCUCAUCCUCAGCAGCUUCACCAUCGGAAGAGUUUUCCCCCUUCUGCUAAUAAAGUCUUUCGAGCUGCUGCAGCGCCACCGCCUGCUUGGAAGGCUGCUGACGAAAUGAUCGGUGUUUCGGUGCCGAGGAAAGCUCGGUCAGCAUCUACAAAGCGGUCUCACGAAUGGAUUUCUGGUGGUGCUGUUGUGGGCGGAGGGGGAGGAACAGAGCAAGUUCAUCGGCAAUCCUCGACUUCACCUGUAAGGCUUGCAUCAUCAGUUGCUUCACCAGCGUUGGUAGCUCCUCCAUCGCCUUCUUCUUCCAAUGUUUCUGUUCGCAAGAAGAUGAAAGCAAAUGGAGGCGGCUCUAAACCGAGACCACCAAAAUCAUCAUCCAAGUCGUCAUCCUCUAACCCGGAGGAGCUUGAAAUCGAGAUAGCCGAGGUCUUGUACGGUCUCAUGACUCAAUCACAAGCUCCGUCCAAGAAAGAAAUCCCAUCGAACGAUUCAACAACCAAGUUUGAUUCUAACAAAUCCAGCAGUGACACCAAAUCUAGAGUCUCAUCCCCUAUUUCUAACUCCACAGCCCCACCUCAAAAUUCAACCUCGUUAUCCACCGUGGCACCAAAGAGGAAGAGACCACGGCAAGUGUCAGAGAAUCCGUUCAGUGUACGGAGCAGUCCAGUUUCUUCUUCAAUAAAGAACGAGAUUGAUCACCAUCAGCAUCAUCAGUCUCCAAAGACUGAUAUUUCUUCUCCUUAUUUGGAAAACAACAGCCCAGGAUCAGCUGCUGCUGCUGCUGAGAAUGGUGUUUCUUUUGGCUUCACCAGUGUGCCGGCCCCAUCAUCAGAGCCACCGCUGCCUUUGCCACAGCCGCCGGUGGAAGAAGAGGGGAAAUGUGGUGUGGGUGUGGUGUUGACUAAAGAAGAGGUUGAGAAGGAAUCUCCUGCAGUUGGGAUAAAUAAUGGAAAUGGUAAUACUGAAGCUAUGAUUACGACAGCUGCAUCAACGACAGCAACCAAUCUAAAUACAGCUAAUUUGGAGACUGAAAGUCAAAAGGAAGAAAAAUUCGAGAUAGAUCUGAUGGCUCCACCUCCUCAACUGAGAACAUCUCCGGGAAGGGAUGGGGAUAUUGGUUUUUCUGAUCAUAAGCAGAUGGCAAAGCAGGAAACGAGCAAGAAUCUCAAGGAUAAGGAAGAUGAGAAGCUCAAGAAGAGUGGUAAGGAGGAGUCAAUGGAUUUGACUGACGAGCAGAAGCAGCCAAAGGCAGGGACUCUCCAUGAAACUGGAGAAUCAUCAAAGCAAGUUAUGAAUGAAGAAAGGAAUAUUGAACUCCAUAUCGAUUUGGAAAAACCCAACAAGGAUAGCGCUAGCAUGGUAAGUGGUGGCAGCAAUAGAUCGCUGCAUCAAGCUCUCAAACAUCAGCAAUUAUCAGCUAAACCUGCCAGGGACGAGACCCACACAGAGAAGACUGCUCAACCUAGUUCCAUGCCGACAUUGCCAAUGUCUCUGGCUAACUGGCCUCCAAUGGGGUAUGUGGCACCAUUGCAGGGAGUCAUACCCAUGGAUGGGAACAAGGCGCCUUCAGCUCCAAUUCAGCCAAUAUUCACACACCCGAGGCCAAAAAGGUGUGCCACACAUUGCUACAUUGCAAGGAACAUUCACUACCUUCAGCAAUUCAUGAAGUUAAAUCCAUUCUGGCCAGCUGCAUCCGGAUCUGCACCUAUAUUUGGAGCAAAACAUUGCAAUCUGAAUGUUCUGCCCGAACUACAUGGAAGCAUUCCCAUGCAGGCAAUCCCCGACAAGGGACAGGGAGUAGGCAUCUUCCCAGGUCACACCGCUGCUGGAAAGGACAACAAGUCUUCUCAAUCUGCAGCCAUUCCCGAUCCUAGUGCCCAGAGAAAGCAACAGGUUUUGCUUCAGCAACCAUUGCCUCCUGUUACUCCAAACAACAUACUACAUGGGCCAGCUUUUAUCUUCCCCUUCAACCAGCAACAAGCUUCGGCCUCUGUUCGGCCUGGUUCUUCUAAGCUUACUAGCAGCACAGCAGGUGCUUCAGGUGCACCAGCUAAUUCAGCCACAAUGAGUGGUGCCUCAACAACACCAGCUGCUCCUGCAUUGAGCUUCAAUUACCCCAAUAUGACUGCCAAUGAAACCCAGUACUUGGCAAUUUUGCAAAACAACCCCUACACUUUCCCAAUACCUGCAGUUGGAACCCCACCAAAUUACAGAGGCAACCCUCAUGCCCAAGCCAUGCCUCUGUUCAAUGGCUCUUUUUAUUCUUCUCAGAUGAUUCACCCUUCCCAAAUUCCACAACCACCACAGCAGGCCCCCCCUCCAACUCAAGCUCAAAAUCAUCACCCUUCUCAUUCACAAACCCAUCAGAACAGUAGUGGUUCCACCUCUUCUUCGCAGAAACAUUUGCAAACUCAACAGAGGCAGCAAGGCAGUGGUGCUGCUGUCAAUGGCGGUGGCAGUGGUGGGAGUUUGCAUAAUAGUUAUCCAGGCCACAAAAGCAGCAGAUCGCAAGCACCUUCUCAGCAGCAGCAGCAGCACAUGAAUCCACCACCACACACACGCCAUCUUGAGAAUGAGGUGGCCGGUGGGGAAGAUAGCCCUUCCACUGCUGAUAGUCGAGUAUCGCGGGCAGCAACCACAAUGAGUGUUUAUGGCCAUAAUUUUGCCAUGCCUGUUCACUCCCAGAACUUUGCCAUGAUGAACCCUCAAUCUGCCCUGUCUAUAGCUGCUGCAAGUGGCAACAAUUCAAAUGACAAGAAACAGCAGCAGCAUCAGCAACAACAAUCUCAGCAGCAGCAGCAGGGGUUAAAAAGGGGUGGUGUGGAUUCAACUCUACCACCUCAAACUUUUGCAAUGUCAUUCGCUCCUAUGAAUGGUACUACUGGUACCAUGUCAUCAAUGGCACAGAACCAUGCCAUUUUCCAAAACUUGCCGGAAUCUGUAAGGCAAAGCUACCACCAUAUGAUGACAGGACCUCCAGUUACCGCAUCAGCACACCAUUCCCAACAGAAGAAGGAUUUCAGAAUAUCUGAAGAAGCUUCUAGAACCGUAGGUCAUGAUUCUUCCAAUGGCGAUGACGAGAGAAAGGGUGGCAGUACGGGGCUGGCUGGGAAGUCCGGGUCCAUUGCAUUUUCGAGACCAGACCUUGCUGUUGAUGCCUCUGGUUCAUCGCCUAUCUCAGGAACUUCUGUGAUUGAUAGCUCUUCAAGGAACAUAAACCUUGGUUCUAAUAACCGGUCAUCUCGAUCUCCUAUGUCCACGUCUGUUGCGGCUGCGCAGUCUUCUCAUCAUUUACAUGCUCAAUUCCACCACCAGCAACAACAGCAGCAAGUUCUUCAGCUUCAGAAGCAGCAACAACAGAAUGCCUCAUUGAAUGCUCGGAAUAAAAACCAACCAUCAAGUAAUGGGAGUGUCUACCCGGAUCAUCUAAUUACUUCUUCUUCAAUGGCUGCCAAGUUCCCAAAUUCCAUCUCUUCUUUUCCACAAAACCUGGUCCAAACCAGCAACACCAGUAGUAGCCCUGCACAAUCACCCCAGUGGAGAAACUCUGUGAGGGGUCCAACCACUUCUCAGGUUCCAUCUUCCCUUGCUGCUUCAGCAAACACAUCAUCAUCCCUCAAGAACCUUCACCAAACCCAGCAACAACAGUCUAGCAGAUCUCACACCCAGAUUUCAUUUGGUGCAGCCACGCAGAAACUACCUUCAACAACUUCAUCCUCACAGAUGCAGCAACAGAAUCCCAGUAAUAGUAGUAACCAGUGCCCUUCUCCUCCAAUGCUGGUUGGGUCUCCCACAACUUCCUCCAUUUCUAAAGGUAAUACUACUACAACUACUGGUGCUACUGGUGCUGGUGGAAGUCCAAGAACAAAUGCAUCAGCCUCCACAAGUGGUAGAACUGGUCAGCCUCCUGCUUCUUUGUCCUCAUCACAACAGCCCAAAAACUCUCCUGUAGGAACCCAGAGAUCUUCCCCUUCACCUUCCAUUCUUGGUAACCCCCAUAUCACCAACUCAAAUUCAACAAAAUCUCAACAGCAGCUUCCAAAGCAAACAUUACAACAGCAACAAGCCCAACAGGCACAUUUGUUCUUCACGCAUCCUUACAUGCCCGUCCAGCAGCAACAGCAGCAGCAGCAGCCUCAGGCGCAACAGCACUCUGGUGGCGGCUCAACAGCGGCAACAGGUACAAGUGGGUAUUAUCUUCCAAGAAAGCAACAACAGCAGCAAAAUCCGCAAUCAUCUUCAACAGGCAUGCUGUCGUUAGCAAGUGGUACAACAUCUGAUCCUGCGAAAGCAAUUGCAGCGGCUACCAGCAAUUUGAAAGGCGGUGGUGCUUCACAGCAAGGGAUUAUACAUGCAUAUGCUGCUGCACAAACCUCAAAUGCUGGUCAUCAGCUGUUGCCUGCUGGGUUUCCACAAUAUGCUCCUACUCCAGUUCAAGUGAAACCUGCAGAGCAGAAACAACCAGCUGGAGGAUAUUAAAUUCAUGAGGAAAACAACUGAAUUUGUUGACCAGGAAAUGACAAUUUGCGUACGUGCUGGCAGCCUGAGAAGAAGUAGGAGUAGAAGUAGAAGUAGAAGUAGAAGAAGAAGAAGCUGUGCAGCAGCAAACGUUAGCUGGUACGAUCCGAGACGGAGAAGAGCAACCAGCAGUUUUGGAUCAUAGUUUUUGAUGAUGGAAGGAAAAGGAUCCAUGGGCAUCUGAAGUUUGGCAGCAUAAACAGUUUUUUGAAAUGGGGGCCUGUGGAUACAUGAGAGGGAGGGAGGGAGGGUUUGUUUUUGAUGAAUUUUCUCCCUUGAAAGAUAUGAUGGAGAGUUUUAAAA